CCUGCCCAGCCCCUCCUCUCGAGGGGACCGGCUCCAAGGGCGCCAGAGAGGGCCCUGAAGUCGGGCCUGGGACGGAGGACCCGGCCGAUCGCCUCCCGGUCGGAAGCUGCUGUGCAGGUGGAGGGGCCGCCUCUCGAGGCCCGGCGCGGUUUAAAGCUCCUCCUCCUCCGGGGCCACCAAACUGAACUUUAUAAAUUGGGCUUCGCGCGCCGCAGCCGGGGAGAGUCAGAAAGGCGAGGGGCGCCGGGAGCAGGCGUGUGGGACUCCAGACCGGAGAGCCGGAGGCUGCGCCUUCCCCGCACCGGGACCUUCGCGACACACCAGAUCCUCGUCCCUGCCCCGUGCGAGCGCCCAGGAUGACCACCACCCUCGUGUCUGCUACCAUCUUCGACUUAAGCGAAGUUUUAUGCAAGGGUAACAAGAUGCUCAACUACAGUACUCCCAGUGCAGGGGGCUGCCUGCUGGACAGGAAGGCGGUGGGCACCCCUGCCGGCGGGGGCUUCCCCCGGAGGCACUCAGUCACCCUGCCCAGCUCCAAGUUCCACCAGAAUCAGCUCCUCAGCAGCCUCAAGGGCGAGCCGGCUCCAGCUCUGAGCUCUCGGGACAGCCGCUUCCGAGACCGCUCUUUCUCAGAAGGGGGCGAGCGGCUGCUGCCCACCCAGAAGCAGCCCGGGAGCGGCCAGGUCAACUCCAGCCGCUACAAGACGGAGCUGUGCCGCCCCUUCGAGGAGAACGGUGCCUGUAAGUACGGGGACAAGUGCCAGUUCGCACAUGGCAUCCACGAGCUCCGAAGCCUGACCCGUCACCCCAAGUACAAGACGGAGCUGUGCCGCACCUUCCACACCAUUGGCUUUUGCCCUUAUGGGCCCCGCUGCCACUUCAUCCACAACGCUGAGGAGCGCCGCGCCCUGGCCGGGGCCCGGGACCUCUCCGCUGACCGUCCCCGCCUCCAGCAUAGCUUUAGCUUUGCUGGGUUUCCCAGUGCCGCUGCCACCGCCGCUGCCACGGGGCUGCUGGACAGCCCCACGUCCAUCACCCCACCCCCCAUCCUGAGCGCCGAUGACCUCCUGGGCUCACCCACCCUGCCAGAUGGCACCAAUAACCCCUUCGCCUUCUCCAGCCAGGAGCUGGCGAACCUCUUUGCCCCUAGCAUGGGGCUGCCCGGGGGUGGCUCCCCGACCACCUUCCUCUUCCGGCCCAUGUCCGAGUCCCCUCACAUGUUUGACUCUCCCCCCAGCCCUCAGGAUUCUCUCUCGGACCAGGAGGGCUAUCUGAGCAGCUCCAGCAGCAGCCACAGUGGCUCAGAUUCCCCCACCUUGGACAACUCAAGACGCCUGCCCAUUUUCAGCAGACUUUCCAUCUCAGAUGACUAAACCCCCUGGGUAGGGAGGGACCCCCUGCCUACUCCACCCCCCAUCCUUCCCCUCCCCUCCCUACCUGCCUGAUUCCUGACAACCCCUACAUUAACAAGGUUAAGCUCAACCCCUAUCCCCCAGAACCUUGGAAUGCCCCCUUCCUCUCCUCCCCCCUUAUAACCCCCCUCCCCCCAACAUAAGGACAAGUCAAUUUGUCAAUAGCUUCCUCUGGCUUGAAACCCCCUCUCCUCAAUUUUAUAGCCCACUUACCAUGCAUAACAGACAAGUCCCAUAUUUGUCAGUAGAUGCCUUUUUUCCCCCCUUGGCUUAAGCCUUAAGUGCCAAAUCACAAAAGAAAAAGCAGUAACAGUUUACAGAAGCAAUUUAGUGCCUUGUAAUCUAACUUUGUCACUGUGACUACAUUACCUCUUCAGCGCCAGAGGGCACCCGUGGGCCUCCCUGAGCCUCUGCCCAUGGGGAGGGGGAGGGGACCCAGAACCAGCAGCUCCCUCCGCUGGCGAUCCCAACUGCACCUUCCCUUAUUUCAGUCUCCCACACCCUCCCCCUUCCCCUCUCCCCAUGACCCCCACACCCCUCUUGGGAGAGUUGUUUGCUGACUCGGGUUUUUGGGGAAACCUAUCUUGACAUUCAAAACCUUUUUCUUCCCGACCUGAACCUCUUUUGACUAAUCUUGCCUGGGUUCGCGUAGGUCUACAGGAAGGAAGACAAAAAGUGGAUGAAGAUCGUGACAUUAAGUGGGACUUUGUGAUUUAAUUUUUUUUCUUUUUUUCUUUUUUUUUUUUUUUUAAAGUGGGGAGGAUGGGGAAGCUAGAUGGACUAUGAGAGACUUGAUUUUGGUGCUAAAGUUCCCCAGUUCAUAUGUGACAUCUUUAAAAAAAAAAUAACAAAAAAA